AUGCGCAUAAUAAUAAAUGAUGAUAAGGAUUUAAGCCCAUUUCUCCACUCGCCCUCUCGUCACUUCCCAACUUUCCCAUCCGUUUUCCUUUUCAUUUUCCGACUAUCCAAACAAACGAACACCGAACAAAACAAAAAAACCUGAAACCUCUGCAAAAACCCAAAUGAAUCAUCCUCAGCCCCCUCAACCCCAAGACCCAUCGGACCCCCAACUCCCCCACAUCAGAAUCCACCACCCUAACUCCCCACGCCACCACCCCAACUCUCCACGUCACCACACCUCAUCCGCAGGCUCCGCCGCCACUCCCACCCCCACAGCCGGCGCCCGCCGAAAGCUCGGCGUAGCUGUCGACCUCUCCGACGAGAGCGCCCAUGCCGUCCGCUGGGCCGUCGACCACUACAUCCGCCCCGGAGACGCCGUCGUUCUCCUCCACGUCAGCCCCACCUCCGUCCUAUUCGGCGCCGACUGGGGCUCCGUCGACCUCUCCAUCAAUACCAACGACGACGUUGACUUCGUCGACAACCACGCCUUAAACGACUCCGUCAAGCAGAAGAAGCUCGAGAAUGACUUUGAUGCCUUCACUGCUUCCAAGGCCGCCGAUCUCGCCAGGCCCUUGAAGGAGGCUCAGAUUCCCUUCAAGAUCCACAUCGUUAAGGACCAUGACAUGAAGGAGAGGCUGUGCUUGGAGGUUGAGAGGCUAGGGCUCAGUGCCGUGAUCAUGGGGAGCCGAGGGGUUGGUGCCGCGAAGCGUGGGAAUGACGGUAGGCUUGGGAGUGUGAGCGAUUAUUGCGUUCAUCACUGUGUUUGCCCUGUUGUUGUUGUACGGUUUCCAGAUGAUGACAAUGGUGCCGGUGCCGGUGCCGGUGGUUCUGCUGUUGCCCCUGCUGCUGUUGUUGCGGUUAAAGAGGAUGAGGAGGAAGAAGCCGUGAUCAAGCCAGUGGUAAAGGACGAGCAUCAAAAAGGAGUUACUGAUGCAAUUAGAUGAGCAAUCUAACUUUCUGCAAAGGGAAAUUUGAAAUUAUUAUAUCAGGUGAGGGCUUGUGCUCCUCAUUGUUGUUUUGCUUCCGAAGUAUUGUGUACUGCAAAUCGUUUCUAUUGUAUAUAUUAUGGAUUUUCAGAACCAAGGUUGAUUAAGCAAAGUUUGAUAUUUUGCAAUGUUCACAACUCAUGGCUGCUCCCUGAAGCAUCAUGAGGUUCUUUGAAUGUGAAAAGAAUAUUUUGAACUAGAUUAGCAUGGGCAUUUCCUAUUUAAGUUUGUUUUUCUUUUAGAGUAGCUUGGUCUUUCCAAUCUCCACUAUAAGCUGUAUGAAAUUCUAUAUACGAUCCUUAUGCACAUGAGAUUUGGCCUGGUUAGCUUUAUCACUAAAAUAUCCUACCCAUGAGAAUAUCCUUUUCUUUUUUCUGCAAAGAAAAACUAUUGUUUGGAAUUUUUUUACCCUUUGGUAGUGCUGCCAGAUGCUUCGUCUAAAUAAAAGCAAGUCCACCUCUUUCUAUCAUUAAAUGUCAGAAUAUGUUCCCCAUGCCAAAAGUGGUAUAACUUUGAAAUUUUUUGCAUAUUUAUCAUGUGUUUGGGAAUAUUCAUUUGCAAAUACGACUUAUUUUGCUAGUUGGUCAUUUCCUAUACCGCAUCUUGCAUAGGUCUAUGUUCUGUAUAAGAUUCAGUAGCCUAAGGAGGUUGUUCACAUUGCUGGCAACUUUAGUUGUAGGUUCAGUAGGCUAAGAAGAGGCCAAUGCUUACUUAACUAGUUUGCUGCUCAUAGUUUGGUAGCUCCCUUGUAUUCCCACUCUGCUGGAUAGUCCCAUGAUACUAUUUUGAGAUGAAAGGCUUUGCUUAUGGACCUAAUCAGGGUUCAUGUAUAAUGGUUAAGAAUAAAACACUAAGUAGGUUUGUAGGUUUGCUGUUCUUUACAUGUCUUGUUGUCAGGGCCCAACCACAUCUUUUUGCACCUAUAGAAAGUGAUAAAUUAAUUUUCUGGUGAUCCAAAUUCUUCCUCCCUGGUUGUUAAAGAGGAUAGGUACGCACUAUCAUUGGCUUCUAGAAGUGCUGCUGGCUUAUAGUAAGCAGAACAUAAGAGUUUGUUUUGUCAGUAAGUUUAACUGAUGUGACUGUAUGACUCAUAUCACGUCAUCAGUUAAUAAAAUGUUCUGGAAGGAAAUUCCCAAAGUGACGAAAUUUUGUCAAAAUGGUUAUUCUUAAUGGGGUUUGAAUUUCCUCUUGUUUUACCUUUUCGCGUUUCCCUGAGAACAUUUUGUACCUGUACCCAUGAAUCUUUGGUGAGUGUGUUUAGGGUGGUACUACCUGUGUAAUCUGUACCCAAGAUGGAAUAAAUAAGAACAUUUUCUAAAUUUUUUUACUCUAUACUUGUUGAUCCAGCAAAGUAUUACGACAUUGACAUGCAUUGUACUGUUUCACACAUAUUUUACAAUAAAUAAUAUGCUUUCAUUUGUUUUAAGUGACAGCAAAUCUUUAUAAUAUAGAAUUUUUGCAUGAUAUCAGCUAAUGUGUACAGUUUGUUGUCUUCUUGUUAGUUGUUAUUCUAAUAGGUUUAUGAGCUAUGGGACAUGUCUCUUCUGUACUGGUUAGUGCAGUGGAGACAUUUUAAUGUACAGUUUACGUAAUCAUAUGAAAAGUGUUUGUUUGUGGAUGUUCUUUUCUUUAUUUUGGGGUUCUGAACUUUAUACUGAUCUAUAGAGUGAAUCUUUGGAUUAUUUAUGUA